AUGGGAGUCCCCAAGUUUUACCGAUGGAUCUCGGAGCGGUAUCCCUGCCUCAGUGAAGUGGUGAAAGAGCAUCAGAUUCCUGAAUUUGACAACUUGUACCUGGACAUGAAUGGAAUUAUACAUCAAUGUUCCCAUCCUAAUGAUGAUGAUGUUCACUUCAGAAUUUCAGACGAUAAAAUCUUUACUGAUAUUUUUCACUACUUGGAGGUGUUGUUUCGCAUCAUUAAACCUAGGAAAGUGUUCUUUAUGGCUGUUGAUGGUGUGGCUCCUCGAGCAAAGAUGAACCAGCAGCGUGGGAGGCGUUUUAGGUCAGCAAAGGAGGCAGAAGACAAAAUAAAGAAGGCAUUAGAAAAAGGAGAAACUCUUCCUACAGAGGCCAGAUUUGAUUCCAACUGUAUUACACCAGGGACUGAAUUCAUGGCCAGGUUACAUGAACAUCUGAAGUAUUUUGUAAAUAUGAAAAUUUCUACAGAUAAAUCGUGGCAAGGAGUUACCAUCUACUUCUCAGGCCAUGAGACUCCCGGAGAAGGAGAACAUAAAAUCAUGGAAUUUAUCAGAUCUGAGAAAGCAAAGCCAGAUCAUGAUCCAAACACCAGACAUUGUCUUUAUGGUUUAGAUGCUGACUUGAUUAUGCUUGGAUUAACAAGUCAUGAGGCACAUUUCUCUCUUUUAAGAGAAGAGGUUCGGUUUGGUGGCAAAAAGACACAAAGGGUAUGCGCACCAGAAGAAACCACAUUUCACCUCCUACACUUAUCUUUAAUGAGAGAGUAUAUUGACUAUGAGUUUUCAGUACUGAAAGACAAGAUCACAUUUAAAUAUGAUAUUGAAAGGAUAAUAGAUGAUUGGAUUUUGAUGGGAUUUCUUGUUGGCAAUGAUUUUAUCCCCCAUCUACCUCAUUUACAUAUUAAUCAUGAUGCACUGCCUCUUCUUUAUGGAACAUAUAUUACCAUCCUGCCAGAACUUGGUGGUUAUAUUAAUGAAAAUGGCCAUCUCAACUUACCUCGAUUUGAGAAAUACCUUGUGAAACUAUCAGAUUUUGAUCGGGAACACUUCAGUGAAGUUUUUGUGGACCUAAAGUGGUUUGAAAGCAAAGUUGGUAACAAGUACCUCAAUGAAGCAGCGGGUGUCGCAGCAGAAGAAGCCAAGAACUACAAGGAAAAGAAAAAAUCAAAGGGCCAGGAAGGCUCCUCCAUAUGUUGGGCUGCUUUAGACAAAAAUGGAGAAGAAGUGGUAACUUCUAAAGAUAAUUUAGAAGAUGAGACUGAAGAUGAUGACCUAUUUGAAACUGAGUUUAGACAAUAUAAAAGAACAUAUUACAUGACGAAGAUGGGAGUUGAUGUAGUAUCUGAUGACUUCCUGGCUGAUCAAGCUGCUUGUUAUGUUCAGGCAAUACAGUGGAUUUUGCACUAUUACUAUCAUGGAGUUCAGUCCUGGAGCUGGUAUUAUCCCUACCAUUAUGCACCUUUUCUAUCUGAUAUCCGCAACAUCAGCACACUCAAAAUCCAUUUUGAACUAGGAAAACCUUUUAAGCCAUUUGAACAGCUUCUUGCUGUACUUCCAGCAGCUAGCAAAAAUUUACUUCCUACGUGCUACCAGCACUUGAUGACCAGUGAAGACUCACCAAUUAUAGAAUAUUAUCCGCCUGAUUUUAAAACUGACCUAAAUGGGAAACAACAGGAAUGGGAAGCUGUGGUCCUAAUCCCUUUUAUUGAUGAGAAGCGAUUGUUGGAAGCCAUGGAAACGUGUAAUCACUCCCUCAAAAAGGAAGAGAGGAAAAGAAACCAACAUAGUGAGUGCCUAAUGUGCUGGUAUGAUAGAGACACAGAGUUCACCUACCCCUCACCAUGGCCAGAAAAGUUCCCUGCCAUAGAACGUUGUUGCACAAGGUAUAAAAUAAUAUCAUUAGAUGCUUGGCGUGUAGACAUAAGCAAGAACAAAAUAACCAGGGUUGACCAGAAGGCAUUAUAUUUCUGUGGAUUUCCUACUCUGAAACACAUCAAACACAAAUUUUUUUUGAAGAAAAAUGGGGUUCAAGUAUUCCAACAAAGUAGUCGUGGAGAAAACAUGAUGUUAGAAAUCUUACUGAGUGCAGAAUCAGAUGAACUUAGUAUAGAAAAUAUAGCUUCUUCAGUGCUUGGAAAAUCUGUCUUUGUUAAUUGGCCUCAUCUUGAAGAAGCUAGAGUUGUUGGUGUAUCAGACGGAGAAACUAAAUUUUACUUGGAAGAACCUCCAGGAACACAGAAGCUUUAUUUAGGAAGAACUGCCCCACCAUCUAAAGUGGUCCAUCUUGGAGACAAAGAACAAUCUAACUGGACAAAAGAAGUACAAGGAAUUUCAGAAUACUACCUAAGAAGAAAAGGAAUAAUAAUAAAUGAAACAUCUGCAGUUGUGUAUGUUCAGUUACUCACAGGUCGUAAAUACCAAAUAAAUCAAAAUGGUGAAGUUCGUCUUGAGAAACAGUGGUCAAAACAAGUUCUUCCUUUUGUUUAUCAAACUAUUGUCAAGGACAUCCGAGCUUUUGACUCCCGUUUCUCCAGUAUCAAAACAUUGGAUGACUUGUUUCCUCUUAGAAGUAUGGUCUUUAUGCUGGGAACCCCCUAUUAUGGCUGCACUGGAGAAGUUCAGGAUUCGGGAGAUGUGAUUACAGAAGGUAGGAUUCGUGUGGUUUUCAGCAUUCCAUGUGAACCCAAUCUUGAUGCUUUAAUACAGAACCAGCAUAAAUAUUCUAUAAAGUACAACCCAGGAUAUGUGUUGGCCAGUCGUCUUGGAGUGAGUGGAUACCUUGUUUCAAGGUUUACAGGAAGUAUUUUUAUUGGAAGAGGAUCUAGGAGAAACCCUCAUGGAGACCAUAAAGCAAAUGUGGGUUUGAAUCUCAAAUUCAACAAAAAAAAUGAGGAGGUACCUGGAUACACUAAGAAAGUUGGAAGUGAAUGGAUGUAUUCAUCUGCAGCAGAACAGCUUCUUGCAGAGUACUUAGAGAGAGCUCCAGAACUAUUUAGUUAUAUAGCCAAAAACAGCCAAGAGGAUGUGUUCUAUGAAGAUGAUAUUUGGCCUGGAGAAAAUGAGAAUGGUGCUGAGAAAGUUCAAGAAAUUAUUACUUGGCUAAAGGGACAUCCUGUCAGUACUCUGUCUCGUUCUUCUUGUGAUUUACAAAUUCUGGAUGCAGCUAUUGUUGAGAAAAUUGAGGAAGAAGUCGAAAAGUGCAAGCAAAGAAAGAAUAAUAAGAAGGUACGAGUGACAGUGAAGCCCCAUUUGCUGUACAGACCUUUAGAACAGCAACAUGGAGUCAUUCCUGAUCGAGAUGCAGAAUUUCGUCUUUUUGACCGUGUGGUAAAUGUGAGAGAGAACUUUUCAGUUCCAGUUGGCCUUCGGGGCACCAUCAUAGGAAUUAAAGGGGCUAACAGAGAAGCUGAUGUACUAUUUGAAGUAUUAUUUGAUGAAGAAUUUCCCGGAGGCUUAACAAUAAGGUGCUCACCUGGUAGAGGUUAUCGACUGCCAACAAGUGCCUUGGUGAAUCUUUCUCAUGGGAGUCGCUCUGAAACUGGAAAUCAGAAGUUGACAGCCAUUGUGAAACCACAACCAGCUAUGAAUCACUAUAGCUCAAAUUCAUCAAUUUCCUCUGGGCAUUUGGGAGGCCUGAACCAUUCCCCGCAAUCACUUUUUGUUCCUACUCAAGUACCUAGUAAAGAUGAUGAUGAAUUUUGCAACAUUUGGCAGUCCUUACAGGGAUCUGGAAAGGUUCAGCACUUUCAGCCAACUCUACAAGAGAAGAUUGCAGUUCUACCUCAAGAAAUAAGUCGAGUAACUCAACAUCAUAAAGCCGCCUUUACUGACAACACUGUUAAAUGUCAGCAAAGAAAACAUGAGCCUCACAAAAAAUUUAAAGAAGAGUGUAAGAGUCCUAAAACUGAGAGCCGGUCACAAAAAAUGUCAAAUAAGCAGCCUAACCCUGGAAUUGAGAACUUUUUAGCAUCCUUGAAUAUCUCCAAAGAAAAUGAAGUACAGUCAUCUCAUCAUGAAGAGCCUCCAAGUGAAGAACUUUUGUCACCACAGUCAUUUGCUAUGAAAGGAACUCGGAUGCUUAAAGAAAUACUAAAAAUUGAUGCCUCUGAUACUGUGGACCAUAAGAACGAAAUGAAGCAGUUUGGUAAUGAAGCCACUGUUUCCUCUAAUAGAAGAGAUGAAUAUGGACCUUCCUCACAGCCUCAACAAAAUAAGAAAUUAACAUCUUACAUGAAUAAGCCUCACAGUACUAGCGAAUACCAUAAUGUUCAGCCUAUGGACCAUGUGUGUUGGCCUGCUCCCAGCCAUAUCCCUCCUGUGUCCACACCAGUAACUGAACUUUCUCGAAUUUGUUCCCUUAUUGGAAUGCCACAACCAGAUUUCUCCUUUCUUAGAACACCACAGACGAUGACAGUUUGCCAGGUAAAAUUAUCUAAUGGCUUACUGGUACAUGGGCCACAGUGCCAUUCUGAAAAUGAAGCCAAGGAAAAAGCUGCACUUUUUGCGUUACAACAGUUGGGCUCCUUAGGAGUGAAUUUCCCUUUUCCUCCACCAAUAUUUCCAAAUUAUCCUCCUGCUGUACCACCCGGAACCAUUCCUCCAGUUUUUCCUCAACCUACUGGCUGGGAUCACUAUGGAAGCAACUUAGCACUGGGGGCAGCUAAUAUAAUGCCUUCAUCAUCUCACCUCUUUGGCUCAAUGCCAUGGGGACCACCAGUGCCAGUUCCUGGGAAGCCUUUUCAUCAUGCUUCAUAUUCUGGGACCAUACCCAUGGCUGGGGGAAUGCCCAGUGGUGUGCACAAUCAGUUCAUACCUCUACAGGUUACUAAGAAAAGGGUUGCAAACAAAAAGAACUUUGAGAGUAAGGAGGCCCAGAGUGCUCCAGCUACCCCACUUCAGACUAGCCAGCCAACAUCUUCCAAUGUCACCAAAGUGAUUCCACAGGAGACUUCAUCAGCUUCCUUAAAGUCCUCUCAAAUUACUCAACCUGCUUCUUCUUUUCAAGUUGAAGGCGCCUCCCAAGGCCACAGUAUGUCUCACCACAAGUCAACACCAAGCUCUUCUUCAAGAAGAAAAUCAAGAAAACUGGCUGUCAAUUUUGGUGUUCCUAAACCUUCUGAAUAA